UUUAGAAGAAGAAAAUAAGAAUGAAUGAACUCAGUGGACUUCUUCGUGUGAUGCUGGUGGUCUCUACCCUGGGGUCUGCCCGUGGGACGGGCUGUGACCCUGACAUCCCGUCCAGACCCCCACCCCAACAGACACCAGGACCAAUAAGCUCUUGUGAUGCUGGUCAGUUUAAAGACGUCAAAACACAGUCGUGUCUACCAUGUCCUCCAGACACCUUCGUGACCAAGCUGAUGGUUGAACGUGGGUUUGGGACGUGUGAGAAAUGUCUGGAACCCGUUCAGUAUGAAAUUAAGAACGCUAAUUGUACAUCGACAAGAGACAGUGAGAUCAUGUGUGAGUAUGGGUUCUUCAGGUCUAUUUCUGGUAGCACAUGCGACGGCAAGUGUGAGUCCUGCGACAUCUGUGGUACGGGUGAUCAGUUGAGUUUAAAUUACGACAAACAACACUGUGGUGGUUUUAGCAAUACGAUUUGCUGUAAACACGAUUACAUGGUGAUUGUCAAUGGCGAAUGUGUUGAUCUUUCCACCAUACAACAUCCAACCUCCGCAGCCACUACCACACACAGCGUCACAACACCACCCACAGCAACAACAACAGACGACAGCCAAUCAAAACACAGCAAAAACAUUGGAACUAAAACCACUUUAAGUAUGUUCUUGGUUGCUGCUGUUCUAUGUUAUUUAUAGUAAACAGGUAUUUAUAGUAAUAUUUAUCUUUUUUGUAAAAUGUGUUUAGUAAUCGUAAAUACUUACAACAACUCAAACAAGGAAGAUCCAGUCUGUUUCUUUAAAGGAGAAUCUUUCUGUCGGUGAUAACAUUUAAACCCAUUAAUGUGAUACAAUAUUUAUAUUUGUGCUUAAUUAAAAUAUUAAAAACUUCGUUUAUUUUUUUAAAAAAGAGGGUAAUUUGAAAUGUUUAUAACCAUUUUAAUAUUUUAUUAUAUUCUAAAAAAAAAUUGGAAACAUUUGCUUUAUAUAAUUCUUUACAUUUAAUUCUAUACAUUUAUCUCUACACAUUUUGUAAAAUUAAAAGCAUUACUUUUAGUCAGAACUAGCCUACAUAUUUGAAUUGUCUUAUUAAAUAGAACAUGUGACAAACUUGUAUGACACGCAGGCUCUUUAAUUAUUCUGUUUUACU